UGAACGGGAAGCUGGAGCAGGCUUUAGAGGCGCUGCAGCUGAGUUUGAAGCUGCAGGACUCUCGCAGCAGGGAGGAGCUCCGAAGGCUCCUGAGGUUCAUGGCAACUGCAGCCAAGUCACAGGAAGUAAAGCUGCACAGAGAGACUGAGAACAGAAUGGCGGUGAAAAGGGCUUUCUCCAGAGCCAUCAUCUACAGCAGAAGGCUCCCCAAAGGAAAGCUGGACUUGACGGUUCUGUUCAUGAUGGAUAACUACACCGAUCUGUUCAAAGUUCCAGCCUCGUUGCACAAGUUGGUCAGUGAGCGCAUCAGGAAUAUUGUGAACGGGAAGGAUCCAGAUGUGAUAACAGGCGUAACGUACAGCUCGAAUGAAAGUUUUCAGGUGUUCGCUGGAAACGAGCAGAAAAUCCCAAAGGAGGAGAUUCUGUCUUUACUGCAGACGGUUCACGAGAGCCCCAAAUUCUCCACCAAGGAGAAGAAGCAACUGCUGGGACGACUUUCUAAAGCUCACCCGGACAUUUUUGUUCAGUACUUUGGAAAUAAAUUAUCUAGUGUCAAUAUGUUGUUACGGUAAUAUUUAUUGUUAGUUUUGAAAGAAGUUGUAUAUUAUAUCUAAAAAAAACCUGAGUUUAGAUGACUGAGCAAAGAAUGUGAACUAUAAUUGUUGAAUUUUAAAAUAAGCUGCAUUAUUUAAGAACAUAUUUAAUGAUUUUAUUUUUGGUGCAGGACACUAAGCUAAAAUGUAAAAACUAAUUAUGUCUUCUGAAAGAGGUGAAAAUCUUGAACUUUUUUUUCUUCCUCUGAUGCACUUAUGUUGCACUUUGAGUAAAGAAAGAUGAACCUGCAUGUUGAUUCCUUUUUGGAUAUAUUCCUGUACAUGUGCAAUGGUGGAGCCAGUGUUGGUGAGAAGUGGACUGUUAGGACGGUUUGUCAUGUACGUGUUGAGAUGCAGCACAGUGAGUGGAAAAACAAUAAAACCCUUAAAAUGGAGUUUGAAAGUGGAAAUGUGAAAGUGUGAUGUAACACAGAGGCCUUCAUGAGACUCAUCCAUCAGGUUUUGCUUUAUGUUGCAGCAAAACAGAUGUUUGGAUGGCUUCCCUCUUGUUUUUUGGACUGGAAAGCGUAGCCACGUUUUAGUGGCGUCUGUUUCAUAUGAAUUCUGUAUAAUCCUCCUAAUCCGCUGAGGAAAUGACUUCCAUGUUCUGUCCCGCUUGAAGACGGAUAAACAUCUUGUUUCAAUUGUUUUUUUUUUAAACGUCUGUGAUGAUUCAACUUGCAUGUGUGCAGUUUUUUUUAAGCAGGAACCGUCUAAGGUCAAAGAAUAAAUCUGCAUCUAUGUCUAGUUAAAUUACCCCCCAUUUUUUGGUCAUUUAUUUAAAAGCUGAAUGGUAGAUUUUUCUCUGCCAGCGGUGCCCAAACCUGGUCCUCGAGAGCCAUUAUCCUGUAUAUUUUACUUGUUUCUCUGCUUGAAUCUGAAUGAAUAAUUAAGAGUAUUCCACAGAACUUGAAGURAAACUACAACAUUUAGGGGAGUGCAUGCCACACUUCUGCGCAUUUAAAGUUCCUUUAAAAAAAAUAAACUUGUGAAUCGA